CCGUACACUUGACUACAGAACCAUGAAAGAUGGCGGUGAGGGCGAGCCUAUUGCUGCUGCCGCUGCUGGCGGUGCUAUCGUCACAUGUACAGGGCGUCAAGAGUGACUGCAAGGCGGCUGGCGGGAGAUGUGUUCCCGCCAAAACCUGUGACGUCACACCUUCUCAACAUGGCUGCGAGGAGAAAAAUGCAGUCUGCUGCAUCAACACUUUAACACGCGAGAAUAGAGAAGCAAAGAAAUAUAGAAAGAGAGAGCAACUCAAGACAAAUAGGAGGAAGAGAAUCAGCAAGAAAGAAUACAAGCUGAAGGACUCCCAAGUGAAAGUGAGGAAGCUGAGAGCUGAUAAUCCUGACACCAGAGAUGAAGGUGACGACAGAGACGGAUAUGGAGGAGGAGGCAACGCUUGCAAGGAGAUGGGCGGACAGUGUCACCCCAAGAAAUACAAGUGUAAGAAGAGUAAAGCCAAGGGAUGCGCAAGAGGAGAAAAAUGCUGUGAAGGAACGUAUCAUGGGUCGGAUGGACAGCCGGGUCCUCCUGGUCCCCCAGGUCCCCCAGGUCUCCCAGGCAAACCUGGAGUUCAUGGACAAUCUGGUAAGCCAGGUCCUGCAGGUCCUGCCGGUCCUAAGGGUUCUUCAGGUCCUCUAGGUCCUCCAGGUCCUCCCGCAAAAGAUGGAGUGCCUGGUAAAGACGGUACUCCAGGUACAAAGGGUGAUCCAGGCAUGGCCGGUGCUCCAGGCAAAGAUGGCUCUCCUGGAGUGGCCGGUCCUCCAGGCAAGGAUGGCGCUCCUGGUAUGGUCGGUCCUAAAGGACUGGACGGUAUGCCAGGCAAGGACGGCCUUCCUGGCAAGGAUGGUACAAACGGCUUAAAUGGUGCACCCGGUAAGGACGGUAAAGACGGUGCUCCGGGCAUGACCGGUGCUCCAGGCAAGGACGGGUCUCCAGGCACCAACGGUAUUCCAGGCACCAACGGUACUAACGGAAGAGAUGGUACUCCUGGGAAAGACGGAGCUCCUGGUAAGGAUGGUGCUCCUGGACACACGGGACCUAGAGGACAUACAGGUCCUCAAGGUCCUCAAGGCCCUCCAGGCGCAAAGGGUUCUGACGGAACCCCAGGUCAUAAUGGUUCUGAUGGUCAACAAGGGCUUCAAGGCCCUCCAGGCCCUGAAGGUUCAAAAGGAUCUGUUGGACCAGAAGGACCUUCAGGACCCCAAGGGCCACAGGGACCUGAAGGACCCCAAGGUCCUGAAGGACUUCCAGGAAAACAUGGGAAAAAAGGAGCUACUGGACCAAAAGGGUCAGAAGGAGCUACUGGUGCUCAAGGGCCAGAAGGAUCUACUGGACCUCAAGGACCAAAAGGAGAUAAAGGUGACAAAGGAGAUCAAGGACUACAAGGAUUUAAUGGUUCUCAAGGUCCUCCAGGACCUGAAGGCGCUACUGGUGCUACGGGACCUAAAGGAGACGAAGGAGCAACUGGUCCUCCAGGUAAAAAUGAAGAUAAAGGAGAAAAGGUUGGAAAAUAAUACCUGUAAACUAUAGAAAUUUUCCUUCUCACUCAGCAAAUCAAAAUCGUAUAACUAAAGUGAUUGAACUGUAGGUAUUUGGAUCAACACCCACAGUCAAGUCUACUAUAAAAGGUACAUGGACCAACGAUAACAUUCAGUAAAUCAUAUGAGGAAGACGCUGCUCACCAUGCUUAAGCUACAGAAUUUGCUGAGAUAAUAACUUUUAAAAUAGCACCAAAAUAAUCCUGAUACAUGUUGACAUUAUAUGACAAAUACAACGAGCACUUUAGAUCUUAUUAUUGGUAACUAAUCAGCCUCACGUUUUGUAUGUGACGGAUUAUGGUCAAUCAGGUCACCAGCUGGUAGACCUAAAACUAUUCAUAAAUUAAUGUUGCAUAACUUGCUUUAUCAGAUAAUGUAUCAACUGGCUAAUAUAGUGGUAUUAUACGCUGAUGUAUCAAGUCGGGUUAAAUUGUUUCAUCCAAGACUGAAUGAGUCACUUUAAAAGAAUUCUUAUUAGGUCAUAACUUUAUAUAUUAACUGCUGUAAUGGCAGCUUAUAGAUCAAAUAAUAACUAAGGGGCAACUGUUUCAUCGCCUGUGUUAUAAGUAAUUAUGACAAUACUUCAAAUGUGAAACAUAUCUUUUGUUAAACUUUACCCCUGCUCUUAAUACAUUUUGAGAGUACAUAACUUGCACAGAA